GGGGAGCAGCUGUCUGAGCCUAUUUCUUUAUUCCUUGCGUUCAGCCCUCCCUCCUUUGACUCCUUUAUCCUGCAAGCUGCAGACCUCCGCUGCCAACUUUCCACGGCUUUACGGGAAGACAGUUAUUUUCCACAACCACCAUGUCUUCUGGAAUUGCUCAGAUUGGCAAGCCUGCCCCAGACUUUAAAGCCACAGCUGUAGUGGAUGGACAAUUCAAGGACAUCAAGCUGUCUGACUACAAAGGAAAGUAUGUGAUCUUCUUCUUCUACCCCUUGGACUUCACAUUUGUGUGCCCCACCGAGAUCAUUGCUUUCAGCGACAGGGCAGAGGAGUUCCGCCGUAUCGGAUGUGAAGUCAUUGGCUGUUCCAUAGACUCCCACUUCAGCCACUUGGCAUGGAUCAACACCCCAAGAAAGCAGGGAGGUCUGGGUAGCAUGAAAAUCCCCCUCGUUGCAGACCUCACAAAGUCCAUCUCCAGAGAUUACGGCGUACUGAAGGAGGAUGACGGCAUUGCUUACAGGGGCCUGUUUGUGAUUGAUGAUAAAGGCAUCUUGAGGCAGAUCACUAUUAACGACUUGCCUGUGGGUCGCUCCGUGGAUGAGACUCUGCGCCUGGUUCAAGCCUUCCAGCACACUGACAAAUAUGGGGAGGUGUGCCCUGCUGGAUGGAAACCUGGCAGUGACACCAUCGUUCCAGAUGUUCAGAAGAGCAAAGAAUUUUUCUCCAAGCAGUAAAUGUGUGAAGGUCUUCUGUCCAGCUGACUUCCUGCCUGCAGCACUUGCCUUCAGAUGAGGUGCCCCUAUGAAGCAGUAUCUCAUUGCGUCCAGUCUACUAAAACACAUUUCUCUGCUGUUUAGAAAGAAAAUCUUCUGUAAAUGUUACAGUUUCAUGUCUGGUCUUGAAUUGGUGGGGUAACCUCGUAGUCUCAAGCACUGAAAGUAUAUUUUUUUUUCCUUGUUGUCAAAGAAAGUAUUAAUAUUUUCCUUGUCAUCAUCAAUGAUUUGCUACCAUCUUUAUUAAAACAGUUGGAAAAACCAA